UCCCAUUCCGGAGGAGAGGGGGACCGCAAACCACAAUCGGCGUGUCCAUGUUUUCCCUGUCAUCUGUGUACACCUGACCAUACUCGAGCGCUACCAAGUACGCUACCUUUAACAGCAAUCGAGGAAUUUACUUCAGCGGCUACGGGCGAAGACAGUUGAAGAGGCAUUCAAUCAUUGUUACUACUUUUUAGCAGACUAUGUGAUUGAAUUAUACAGUCGAAAACAACGUCUUGCCAAUGUUGCUGCGAUGUUGUAGAGACAAGUGACGGUCAUGAUCAUAAUCCUGACCAAAUCGUAAAUUUUCGCCGUAGGAACUGCACAGCAAGAGCAACUUCGCAGCAUUUUCAAGAAGUUACUCUUCCAAGUUGCCGGAGGCAAACUCUUUCCAAACGGAUAGAUUUUUUAAUUCUCUUUAAAGCUGCAUAACACAGGCGACACGGCGACUUCAGUCGACUACCUUUCCCUCCUUUGCUAUCCAAUGGAUAUUCACUGCAAAGCAGACCCCUUUUCAGCCAUGCACCGGCACGGGGGUGUAAACCAACUAGGGGGGGUGUUUGUGAAUGGCAGACCCCUACCUGAUGUUGUGAGGCAAAGAAUAGUGGAGCUCGCGCACCAAGGGGUCAGGCCCUGUGACAUCUCCAGACAACUCCGGGUCAGCCAUGGCUGUGUCAGCAAAAUCCUUGGCAGGUACUACGAGACCGGCAGUAUUAAACCUGGAGUUAUAGGGGGCUCUAAACCAAAAGUGGCAACUCCCAAAGUUGUGGACAAAAUCGCAGACUACAAACGACAAAAUCCAACAAUGUUUGCCUGGGAAAUACGCGACCGACUGCUGGCCGAAGCUGUUUGCGACAACGACUCUGUACCUAGUGUGUCGUCCAUCAACAGGAUUAUUCGGACCAAAGUUCAGCAGCCUUUUCAUACGUCGCCGGAUGGAACUGGGGCUUCCCUGAGCGCAACAGGCCACACCAUAGUUCCCAGCACCGCCUCGCCCCCAGUGACCAGCGCCUCAAACGACCCCGUCGGCUCCUACUCCAUCAACGGCAUUCUGGGAAUUCCACGUACCAACGGAGAGAAAAGGAAACGAGAUGACGUUCUCUGGAGUGGCAACCACUUGGAUGGGAGGAAAAUAGGAUAUUAUGCGUCUGAUGGGUCGGGACCGAACAGCGACUCUCAGGGCAGCGUGGAGAGCUUACGGAAGCACCUGAGAGCGGACGCCUUCACCCAGCAGCAGCUAGAGGCCCUGGACCGUGUGUUUGAGCGGCCAUCUUACCCCGACGUCUUCCCCACAUCAGAGCACGUCAAGCCCGAGCAGGCUAACGAAUACUCGCUACCAGCACUCAACCCGGGACUGGACGAGGUCAAGCCCAGUCUGUCCACCAGCGCGAGCUCGGAGCUGGGAUCCAGCGUAUCACAGAGCUACCCAGUAGUGACAGGUCGUGACAUGGCGAGCACUACUUUACCGGGAUACCCCCCUCAUGUCCCCCCCACGGGCCAGGGCAGCUACCCCACCUCCACCCUCGCUGGCAUGGUGCCUGGAAGUGACUUUUCAGGAAAUCCAUACUCCCACCCACAGUACACGACAUACAAUGAAGCAUGGCGGUUCAGCAAUCCAGCAUUACUAAGUUCCCCUUAUUAUUAUAGUGCCGCAUCCCGUGGAGCCGCCCCACCCACUGCUGCCACUGCCUAUGACCGCCACUAGUUACCAUGGGAACCAAAUCAAACUUCAGGACCAUGUCCGCGGUGGCCUACGUAUCGCACCAGUCUGAAUGAAUGAAUGCUGGUGUCAAAGACAAAGAGGGAAAAAGGCUUCAAAAGGAACCAGUUCAAGAGGGUUAAAAUGUUGGAUGAAGAGGAUCAGCUGAAGGGAUACACACACACACACACGCAC